UGAAGAAAAAGGUGAACAAACCUUUCUCAUUUGUCUGAACUCUGAAAUGGAGAACUGGAUCGGUUUGCUUAAAAUUCAUGUCCAGAAAGGGGUGAACCUUGCAGUCAGGGAUGUCAUAAAGAGAAGCAGUGACCCUUAUGUUAUUUUCCAUAUGGGCACCCAGAGGGUGAAGACCAGUGUAGUGAGGAGGAGCAUCAAUCCAGUGUGGAACGAAGAGCUGACUCUUUCUAUUACAGAUCCGAGUGUUCCAAUCAAGCUUCUUGUGUACGACAAAGAUACAUUUAGCCCAGAUGAUAAAAUGGGGGAUGCUGAGUUUGAGAUUGGUCCAUUUGUUGAGGCCUUAAAGCAGCGCCGGUCGGAAGGCCUUGAAAAUGGACACAUUUUCAAGACAGUGAAAGCCGACAGGCAGAAUUGUCUGGCCGAAGAGAGUCACAUUAUCUGGAAGGACAACAGAGUUGUUCAGAAUAUGGUUCUUAGACUGAGAAAUGUGGAGCGUGGAGAGGUGGAGCUCCAGUUGCAGUGGAGACACAUUUCUGGUUCUCGGGGUUUUUAGAUUAUAUCUGCUCUAAACGACUGUCGUAAUAGGUAUUUGUAUUAUGUUUUAGGAUGGGACAAUGAUAUUGCUCUAUGUAGAUGCAUGGAUGUCAAUGGUGUGUGACAUUAUAUUGCUCUAUGUAGAUGCAUGGAUGUCAAUGGUGUGUGACAUUAUAUUGCUCUAUGGAUGUCAAUGGUGUGUGACAUUAUAUUGCUCUAUGUAGA